GACAGCGAGGGCCGGAGCGGGGCUGAGGCUAGGGUGCAGAGCUGGCGAGCCACGGCUGGGGCCAGAGUGGGGAGCUCAGCGUGGAGGUGCCACCUAGUGCGGGUGGCGGAGAGAUCAGAACCUUCUUCCCCAAGCGGAGCCAACCUCAGCGAGGACCGGGGCUCAGGGACGCUGCGGCGACGACUGCAACGGCUGGACGAUGGCAGCGCCCGUCGGAGCCUGGGCGGUGAUUGCAGCCCCAGACAGGAGGCGCUGGCCGUGGUCGGUGCUGACGGCGGCUCUCGGGCUCCUGAUGGCUGGAGUAUCAGGCUUGGAAGUAUAUACACCAAAAGAACUCUUCGUGGCAAAUGGUACACAAGGGAAACUGACCUGCAAGUUCAAGUCUACUGAUACGACUGGCAGGUUGACCUCAGUCUCCUGGAGCUUCCAGCCAGAGGGGGCUGACACUGCCGUGUCGUUUUUCCACUACUCCCAAGGGAACGCGUACCCUGGGAAUUAUCCACCAUUUAAAGACAGAACCAACUGGGCUGGAGACCUUGACAAGAAAGAUGCCUCAAUCUACAUAGAAAAUAUGCAGUUUAUACACAAUGGCACCUAUAUCUGUGAUGUCAAAAACCCUCCUGACAUCGUUGCCCAGCCUGGACACAUUAGGCUCUAUGUCAUAGAAAAAGAGAGUUUGCCUGUGUUUCCAGUUUGGGUAGUGGUGGGCAUAGUUACUGCUGUGGUCGUAGGUCUCAUUCUGCUCAUCAGCAUGAUUCUGGCUGUCCUCUAUAGAAGGAAAAACUCUAAACGGGAUUACACUGGCUGCAGUACAUCAGAGAGUUUGUCACCAGUUAAGCAGGCUCCUCGGAAGUCCCCCUCCGACACUGAGGGUCUUGUAAAGAGUCUGCCUUCUGGAUCUCACCAGGGCCCAGUCAUAUAUGCGCAGUUAGACCACUCCGGCGGACAUCACAGUGACAAGAUUAACAAGUCAGAGUCUGUGGUGUAUGCAGAUAUCCGGAAAAAUUAAGAGAAGACCUAGAACAUAUCCUCAGCAAGAAGCAAAACCAAACUGGACUCUGGUGCAGAAAAUGUAGCCCAUUACCACAUGUAGCCUUGGAGACCCAGGCAAGGACAAGUACAUGUGUACUCACAGAGGGAGAGAAAGAUGUGUACAAAGGAUAUGUAUAAAUAUUCUAUUUAAUCUUCCUGAUGUGAGGAGCCAUUGUUGCAUGAUGAAAAGAUGGUAUGAUUCUACAUAUGUACCUAUUGUCUUACUGUUUUUGUACUUUAUUUUCAGGUCACUUACACUUGGGAGAUUUCAGAAACAUUCCUAUCACCAUCACUUAGAAAUGGUUUGCCUUAAUGGAGACAGUGGCAGAUCUGUAUGUAGUAUUUCCAGUAGACAUGGCCUUUUAAUGUAAAGGCUUAAUCAGUCUUAGCCUUUAUUGUAGUUGGAGGAUGGCGAUGCUGUGAUGGACGCAUAUCCUGGUUGGCCUUUAACACAGUGUCAGCACCAUUUAUUUGUUUGCAGCUUUUUAAAAAUACCUGUUGGCUAUGCCUCUUGAAAACAAUUUGGGAAGUUUUCGUUGAUGUUUUUCAUACUAAAAUAUGGAGCAAGUGUUAGCCUUACAUGUUGUAUAGACUAAAUUGCACCCUUGAAAUGUGUUGGAUCAAUUUGUGGAUUCAUAAUAGCAAGAUUAGCAAAGGAUAAAUGCCAAAGGUUACUUUAUUCUGGAUACUUUAGAUCAACACUGAUUAAGUAGAAAAUCCAAGCUUUGCUUGAGAACUACUGUAAUGUGAAGAGUAAAAGGUAUUGGUUUUA